AUGACAACUCUUUCAAUGUGUGCAAAGAUAUACGACAAGAAAGAGUUAGUUGGUUAUUUUGUCAUGAAUGAGGAAGUGACAAAGUUAUACCCAACAGAUGAAGACCUGUUUAAAUCUUUUCCGAGUACAGUUCCCGUAGUAACGUUUAGAGAAGAAACGGCAUCUUCAGAACCCAAUGCCAAGGCCAUCGGUAAGGAAAUAUUCAAUGAGGGUGAAUAUUUAGAUGGGCAAAUUAUUCCUUGGGGAAAACUUGACAAGCUUAGGCAAAAUGAAAACCUCCACAGAGUGGAAUCGUCAAGCUCUGUAUUGGAUCGAUUUGUCAACCGAUACAAUCAAUGGCCUAUUAUCAUAUUGGCUAGUGUUACAUUAUCACUUCUAGCAAUAUUUUUAGAUUGGUCCUCCACCUGGUUGAAUGAUAUAAAAUACGGAUAUUGCUCAACCGACGUCUUUAAAGUUCGUUCAGCUUGUGAGCCAUCUAGCUGGAAAUUGUAUGGGGGGAAUCAUCGUGGCAUGGCGAAAUCCUUUGCAGAUCUUGUCAUAGUGCUCAUAUGCACUGUUGUAUUAUCAUUUCUUGGUCUAAUGAUCUCUUCCGCAAACUCUUGGAUUGUUAAAAGUGGGAUCAGUGAAUUGAUGGCUAUCAUUGCAGGUGCAGUUAAUAAUGAUUUCUUGAAUUGGAGUAUUAUUUUGAAAAAGUACGUCUCUCUAAUAUUCAUUGUUGCAUGUGGAGGGUUGUUGUUGGGCUAUGAAGGUCCAUUGAUUCAUAUAUCAUGCGGUGUUAUCAACUUUUUUUUGAACUUCCUGUCAGGCCAGUUCCACAUUUUCAACAACCUAAACAACGAGGUGGUCAGAAGAGAAUUUCUCUCUAUUGGAUUUGUAAUUGGUAUCUCGUUAGCGUUUGGUGCACCAAUCGGAGGGCUGCUUUUCUCUUUGGAAAAAUUGAAACUCGGUAAACGAUUUCAUAUGCUUAUGUGGAAUGGGUUUGUGUGCUCUACAAUUGCAACAUUUAUUUUUUUCAAAGUCCAUCCCUUCAAGAAGAUAACAAUCAAUAAGGCAUUUACGGUGGAUCUUGCAAAUGGUUAUGUUCUCUUGGAAUUGAUACCAUAUCUUUUUGUCGGUCUUAUUUGUGGAUUUCUUUCAUUGGCCUUUAAUAGCCUACAGUUGAGACUAACAGAGUUUAGAAAAUCGAGUAAAUGCUUCUCGGAUUCUAAAGCCAUUCAAUAUCUGUUAGAUCAUCCAAUAGCGGAAAUUACCCUGCUUGCAACUAUCACAACAACUAUUCUAUAUCCAUUAAAGUUCAGCGACUUGACGAUGAAUGAUUUGCUAGUUACAUUAUUUCAUGAUUGUACAGAUCCAAAUAAAAGUAAUAAUAAUAGCCAAUCCGUCUGUACAGCUAAACACGAAACGUUAGAACUCAUCUACUAUUUGGUCGUUAUAUUUAUUCAAUCUAACCUUGCAUACACUUUGGACAUUCCAGGCGGCAUCUUAUUACCAUCGUUAGUCAUUGGUGGUUUAAUAGGCCGAAUCAUUGGAAGAAUAGUUGAACUAUUUCAAAUUCACCUAGGGAGUGACAUUUUUGCACAAUGUUUCCAAGAGAAGAGAAACUGUGUGUCUCCUGGUUCUUAUGCAAUUGUUGGAGCUGCGUCAUUUUUUGCUGGUGUCACUAAUACAUCUGUUGCAGCUGUAGUUAUUGUUUUUGAGAUCACGGGAGCUGUAACCUACUUGAUUCCAUUGAUGAUGGGUGUUGUGGUUGCUAAGUCGAUUGUUGAACUUUUCGAUAGUAGAGGAUUUUAUGAGAUGUGGUUGUCUAAGACUCAUAAGAACUAUUUGGCGCCGGAAACAGUUGAAUCUUUGAAGCUUUCGCCAUUCUCUGAUGUGGCUAUAUUAGGUGCUCUAAAGGAAAGUAAGAAUCGUAUUGUCUACUAUGAUGAACUUAUUCAGAUAAAAGAGUUUAUUAAAAAGCUAGAUCAGAUAAUUGAAGAUAAUAACUUUGAAAAAGAGCUUAUAAACAAUGAUGGUUUUGUUGUUCUGCAAUCCGUACACAAUCGCUCACUUGUUGGGUUUGUAGAUUAUGCCAGUAUUGAUCGUUUAGUUAGAUUAAACGGCCAUUCGGACUCAACCCUUAUUUCUUUUUCAAGCCCGGAAAGUGAGGUAAAUAAUACUGCUGUACUUAACCUAAGCAGGUAUAUGAAAUCUAGAAAGGAGCUAUUUAUUGUCAACAGCCGAUAUCCACUAUUGUCUACUUAUGAUUUGAUGGAGAAGAUGCUCGUCACCAACCUUUUCGUAUGUGAAGAUACUACAGACGGUGAGAAAUUCAGGGGUGUUCUAAGGAUAUCUGACCUGACGGAUUAUAUUCGAGGUUAG